AUGUGCCAUUCACACUCAUGUCAACGUGGAACCAAUCGAUGGCCAUUUGCAUUCUUCAUGAACCUCAUCAACGUAUGUGGUGUUGCAGCAUUUGUUGUUUACAACACAAGUCACGAUAUCACGCAUGAACAGUAUGCAUUUCAACGCAAGACAUUUUUGAUCGAAUUGUAUGAAGGUUUAGUUUACGAUCAUAUCGUACGGCGAACAGCGCGCGGCAUGAAUGCAUCUAAUCAGUCGGCUUUCAAAGAAGUUCGCGAGCAUUUGUUGGGUCAAGAGGAACAAGAAGCGCCAGUUACACCACGGCAACGACGUGCAUGUCAUUUAUGUCCAAGUUCAAUCAAUCGUAAAACCAAAACAUGUUGUGACAAAUGCAAUAAAAAUCAAAUGGAUACAAAUGAUGAUGUUGAAUCAACGGAAAGCACUCAAAUUAAUCCAAUUAAUCCAACUGCAAAACGACGUCGUAUUUCGAUUGACAUUAUGCCAGAAACUCAAAAUCCAAUGCUAAGCGAAUUUGUCACACAAAAAUUCAGUUCAACGAAUUAUCGCUGUAUUUAUUUGACACCAUUCUCACCGUCGGCAACUGAAAUCAAUAUUUUGAACCAUAUCCGAUCCCAAAAUCGCGAUCAAACCGAGGUUAUUGAAUUGAGUACACAUGACAUUUAUUAUCAAAACGUUCGUGGUCUUCGUACAAAAUCCAAACAAUUUUUCGAAUUCUUUGACAAUUCUUACCAUGUUUACCGCAAAGAUCGCUACGAAACUGGAUCAUCGUUAUGUCGUGGUGGUGGAAUACUCAUUGCAGUCAACUCGAAAUUGUCAUCCACCAACAUUAUGAUCGAUGACACAAAUCAAUUGGAAUGUGUUUGCGUUAAAGUCAACAUUAAUUCAAAAUUCAACGUUUUUAUUUAUGCGGCUUAUAUUCCGCCGAAUUCACAGUCGGAUAUAUACAAAUGCCACUCAAAUGCCAUAAAUCAUAUUCCAUUGGCUCCAAAUGACACCAUCAUUGUAAUGGGUGAUUUUAAUCUACCCCUUGUCAAUUGGUUAACAGACGACACUGAACACAAUGUUCUCAUUCCAACGUGUGUCACUCCACAAUAUGCAGCCGAUUUUAUUGAGGAUAUUUCAACAAAUGGACUUUAUCAAAUAAAUUCCAUUCGUAAUGCUAGCAGCAAGCUCCUCGAUUUAAUUUUCACAAAUGAUUUUAUUAAUGUUGAAAUUUCUUGCCCACCGCCAUUAUCCGCCAUCGAUGAGCAAUAUCAUCCACCGAUUAUGUUGACAUAUGAAUGGCACAUAAACAAUUCAAGCGUAGAACAAAUUCAAACUAGAAACUUUUUCAAAGCCGACUACAUAGCAAUGAACAGAUACUUUGCUGAAAUAGAUUUUUCUCAACGUUUUUCGAAUAAAUCCCUUGAUGAAAAGGUUGAUAUUUUACACCAAAUACUCAACGAAGCAAUCAGCAAGUACGUGCCCACUCAAACAAAAAAAAUUCAAUCGAAAUGUCCGUGGAAAAAUAAGCAACUUCAGUCUCUCAAAAAUAAAAAAAACAAAGAGUGGAAACGAUCGAAGUUGACUGGCGAAAAUUCUAGCCAUUUGAUAGCACUCGACAACUACACGAAACUCAACACCGAACUCUACAACACGUACGUCGACAAAAUGACUUCAUCGUUAAAGUCAGACCCAUCAUCGUUCUGGCGUUUCGUCAAUACAAAGAAAAAUAGUGACUACGAUCCGAAAUUGCUGCAUUUUGGUGAGAAAUCAUCGAGUGAUAAGAAGGAGCAGGCUGAAAUGUUUGCAACAUUCUUCAAGAAUAACUUCGCCAAUCAACCGUCUCAAUUUCAGAAUGCUGCUCAAAUGUCUCCUCAAUCAAUCUCAAAUAUGGAUGAAUACAAACUCAACGAGUUCUCCGUGUUCAAUGAGCUGCUUCAAAUCAACUCAAAGAAAGGAGCUGGUCCGGAUGGAAUUCACCCCAUUCUUCUAAAAAAUUGUGCUGCUCUACUGUAUGAGCCACUUUCAACUAUUUUUAACGAAUCGCUCUCCACUGGAAAUUUUCCCACUGGAUGGAAGCGCUAUAGUGUCGGACCAAUCUUCAAGAAGGGAUCGCGAUCAAACGUUGAAAACUAUCGUUGCAUUGCCAAAUUGCCAACGAUAGCCAAAUUUUUCGAAUAUUUGAUCAAUUUGGAUCUCAGUAAAAUGGUGGCAGAUAAAAUCGUACCCCAACAACACGGUUUUAUGAAAGGCCGCUCAACGUCGUCAAAUUUACUGGAAUUUUCGCACUAUUCCAUCAAAGCACUGAACGACGAUAAGCAGGUAGAAGUUCUCUACACUGACUUCAGCAAAGCAUUCGACAUCGUUGAUCAUUCGAUUCUGAUCUCAAAAUUGCAAAGUUUCCACCUGCCACCAAACUUAAUUGAAUGGAUUAAAUCGUAUUUGUCGAAUCGUCGUCAAUUCGUUAAAUAUGGACAGAUGGACUCAAGCGAGUUUGUCCAACAUCAAUCGCCAAUAUCAACGAUACAUCCAAACUUCAAUCAGCAAUCGACAAGUUAG